AGCACAGUACGGCGUGUGAGGAUGGAUGCAGAGCACGAGGGUCGCCGUAUUCUUGACAUUGCCGAGGGUUUUAUGAAGUCACAGAUUUUGUUUAGCAGCGUGAAACUGGGCAUUUUUAACCUUUUGGAGACAUCUGAUUCUCCUAUGACUGCUGGAGAGAUAUCUGAAGCUAUCGGAACUGAUGCCGAUGCGACAAAAAGGCUGCUUAAUGCAUGCACCGGCCAACGUCUGCUUGAGAAGGUAAACGUGGACCAGGAAACAGGCGAUGGAGAGUACCAGCUGUCAGCAGGCAGCAGGACCUACCUGACGGCGUCGAGCCCGACAGCGCUGACGGAAUUUGUAGGGAUUCUGGGCGACUACUACAGGUCUCCAUGGCAAGACCUGGCUCAGGCCGUGAAGGAAGGGGCAGCUUUCUCCGCUCGCCACGGACUAGCAGUGGACAAAACGUUCGAAGAUGUUUACAGGGAUGAACCAAACUUUACGGGAGCCAUGGCGGCAGUGCCGGCCGUGUUUGGUGCGAAGACUGCUUCUGCUUUCGACCUUUCGGAGUUCCAAAGCAUUUGUGAUGUCGGAGGCUGCACUGGACCUCUUGCCUACCACCUUGCUGCUGCCUAUCCCCAAGCAUCUGUCUCGGUGUAUGAUCUGCCUCUCGUGGUCAAGCUGGCGGAGGAGAAACGCCCAGCUGGUGACCACGCCGAGCGGGUAUCUUUCAUUGCAGGCGACUUUUUCGGAGAUGCACCCCUCCCGGCGGCAGAUCUGUACGUGUUGUGCCGCAUAAUUCACGACUGGAAUGAUGAUAAGGCUCUCAAGAUACUGAACAAGAUACAUCAAAGUCUUCCUCCGGGAGGAGGGGUGUUGGUCGCUGAUACAAUACUGGCAGAUGACAAGACUGGGCCAGAGGUGAGCAACAAGUACGACCUGCACAUGAUGCUUGCUGCCGGGAGUCGGGAGCGCUCCGGACAGGAGCUCAGACGGCUGCUGAAUAAGGCUGGUUUCACCGAGGUCACCAUCAACAGCAACGGCUAUCCAUUUGGCCACGUUCUCGGGCGCAAACCACGUAUUUAGGGAGUCUGUACCUAAUAACAGCGCGUCCAGAAAACAACAAGUACUGAUGUACUGGUUGAAAAAUUAUCUACAAGAGAAUAAGGGUGUCUGAAGUAGAAAAGAAUCUCUGAAGCUCCGUCUAAAGAUCGUAUGAGCUAUACCAAUAAACCACGUGAUAUCUCUAGUGCACUCUAACAGUAAUAUACAUGUAUAUCAAACAUUGAUAUCUCCUAGUUCUAACGUGGAAACGGCAGCUAGUUGGGCGGUUUUUGAUUAGGCUAUACUAUAUUCCUAUGUUAUACCAUACUCUUUACACAGAGCUGAAGCAACAAAAAAGUUCCUUUCAACAUAAACAUGUUUCAGUUUCAGUCAGACUACUUCCAAGACUGUCAAUCGUCACAAUAUAUCGGCUCAUCCGUACCUAUGCCCACUUUAUGUACAGUGCAGAGUAACAUGGCAUGUAAUUGGAAGGCAUAUCAAUAAAAAUACAAGAAGAUACAG